AUGGCCAUGUGGGGGAAUGACAGACGACUGAAAUUUGUUGGGGAUGCAAAGACUCUUCGAAGGAACUUUGUGAUUGAUCUGUUCAGUGUUUAUGUGAUUCUGGAUAAUAUUGGAGGAUCAUAUCUCCAGCGCAAUCUAAACAGCUUAGGUGUUGAUGGUAGACUUUUCAUCAUUGGCUUCCAAGGGGGCAUAGCAGCUGAAGUGAACCUGCAAGCUGUGCUUGCACGCCGUUUGACCAUACAAGCUGCUGGACUGCGCAACAAAAGCCUUGCCAAUAAGGCAGAGAUUGUUAGUGAGGUGGAAAAGAACGUGUGGCCUGCUGUCACUGCUGGCAAAGUGAAGCCGGUGAUUUACAAGACGUUUCCGUUAUGUGAAGCUGCUGAGGCUCAUAGGUUGAUGGAAGCUACCACCCACAUCGGCAAGAUACUGCUGCUCCCAUGACUGCACCUUUGGCGUUUGCGCUCUUACUCUCGGAGGAGUCAGUUCAAGAACAUAUGCAACUUCUGUGACAGCCUGCAUGGAUGUUGUAAUGGUGUAGCAUGCAUUUUUUAUAUAUCUUGUAGUACUAUAUUGGAUCUUUUACCUCGAGAAAUUAUCUUGUCAAUUGGAUCCUUAAAGUGCUGAUGACAUUUUUCUGUGAGCUAUGAUAUAAUAAAUCUGGCAGAUAGAGCCACUACAGCACGUCA